UGUGUGCGUGUGUGUGCGCGGAAGGAAGGGGAGCUUGAGCGCGAGAGGGAGGAGGGGCUUUGAGGAGGGUUACCAAAAUAACAAAAGCAAAUCGGAAGGCGUGUAUGUGUGUGUCUUUUUGUUGUUCCUGUUGCAACAGUUGCGCGGGAUCCUAUCUGUCAGAGGAGGAGGAGGAGGAGGGUGGUCCGGGGAGGGCGGCUUGUUUAUCCGGAGGAGAAGGAGCCGGGGAGCCUGGAAACUGCCCGCGUCCCAUUUCCUCCCUCCUUCCCUCAGUCAGUGGCGCGCGCGUGGAUGUGAGUGCGGGGUUCCCUCCCCCCCCCUCCCUCUCUUCUUUGCUUCGCCCGCCGCGGAUUCUCCUCCAUGUUGGACCCGAUCUGAGGAGCGAGUCCCGUGUGCAUGCUGUGGGCUGGAAGGAGGAGCGGAGGCCACCCUCCUCCAUUGCCUUGCGCCCCCCUUCCUUCCUUCCUUCCCCUCUCCCUCCCUCCUUCCUCCCCUCCUCCCUCCUCCUCCUCCGGAGCCUGGGAUCCCCUGGGUCUGCGGGGGAUUGUUAGAUGGAAAGCCGGUCCAUCAUCACCCAAGUGCAGAGGGACGACGCCGCCUUGGUGCUCGCCAAGCAAGUCUUGGUGUCCAAAUCUUCCCCAAAGAAGCCUCGUGGCCGGAACAUCUUCAAGGCUCUCUUCUGUUGCCUCAGAGCACAGGAUGUUGGCCAGCCAGCCCUUGGCAGCGGAGAACAUGGAUCACCGAAGGAGGAGACCAACACCAUUGCCAAGUCUGAUCUGUUGCAGUGUCUUCAGUACCAGUUUUACCAGAUUCCUGGGACGUGCCUUCUCCCUGACGUGACUCAACAAGACCAGGGCCGGAUCUGCGUGGUGAUUGAUCUGGAUGAGACCUUAGUACAUAGCUCCUUCAAGCCCAUCAACAAUGCCGACUUCAUAGUGCCUGUUGAAAUAGAGGGAACGACCCAUCAGGUCUAUGUGCUGAAGAGGCCAUUUGUCGAUGAGUUCCUGAGGCGGAUGGGGGAGCUGUUUGAGUGCGUGCUCUUCACUGCCAGCUUGGCUAAGUACGCUGAUCCAGUCACUGACCUGCUGGACAAGUGUGGAGUCUUCCGAACGCGCCUCUUCCGGGAGUCGUGCGUGUUUCACCAGGGCUGUUAUGUUAAGGACCUCAGCCGUUUGGGUCGUGACCUGCGCAAAACCCUCAUCCUGGACAAUUCUCCUGCCUCCUACAUCUUCCAUCCAGAGAAUGCGGUGCCGGUCCAGUCUUGGUUUGACGACAUGGCGGACACUGAGCUGCUGAACUUGAUCCCGAUCUUUGAGGAGCUGAGUGAGGCAGAGGACGUUUAUACCAGCCUUGGUCAACUGAGGGCUCCUUAAAGCCCUCCUAGCACUAUGCCCAAAGGGGAACUUUUUCACUCAGUGCCUUCAGUAUUGGCCAGGAGGAAGGGAGGGGAACUGCACAUGCAUUACUCAUGACCCUCCCACAGGGCAGAUGCAAGCACUUUGAGGGCAAUAACCUGCUUUGGCCACCCAUUAGGUUGUGCCAGAGCAGCUUCCAACCAGGGUAUGGACGGAUGCCGGAGCCUCUGGCCUUUCCACCCAAAUGCAGGGACAUCAAACAUAGACACCCCCUCCCCAUUAGGGUUCAUAUCUAUGCACUGCAGGGACUCAGGCAGCAUCAAGAGGGAGAGUGCCAUUUCCUCCCCUCCCCACACCAUGAGGGUUCGACAUUGUCUCUGCCCUGCUGCAAGAUGAUGAUUCUCUGUGGAUGUUGUCCAUGCAGCUCAGACAGCCUUCCCCCUUGGUAACCUGAAACAAUGCCAACUGGAUUGUUUGGCAUUUAUUUUCUUUUUAAAAGGUAUUAUCCUCCUGCUACCCCUAUUUCUGGAUGUUUCUUGAGAGCGCAGAUUUACCUUGUCCUGGGCAAUACAGCCCUGGGGCCAAGGAGAGGCCUCCUUGGUGGAAACCUCCCCUGAUCUCUCAAAUACUUACCUCUGCCCUAUCCAGGCAUCAUCCAGGAGGACUUUGUAUGAGAGAAGCUUUUCCUUGCCUUUUGUACCUGACUGGAAAGAAAAGAGGGUGGAGGGAGACUGUCGCUCCGCAGCUUUAUUCCUCUUCCCUUGUCCUGCUCUUGCAUCACUUCUUCAAAGAAACCAAGCCUGUGCAUUCAAGGGGUUUGGUCCCUAAUUUUCCUGGGCUUAGAAAAAGCCAUGUUUUAUACCUUGCCUUGUGUCUGGAUUAUGCCCACAAGUGAAAGAUAAGACCCAGAGGAAGACAAGACCUCACAACCCCCCUCUAAUUUUAGUGGCGUAGGAUAGUUAAGGACUAAGACUAAAAUAGUUAACCUACCUGGUUCCCUCACACUCUAUAAGGGUUUAGAAGUGGCAUUAUAGAUAAUCACAUGAUCCUGAAUUCAGGCCUAAUAUCGUUAGGGGAGGGGGCAGAACUAAAUAGAACUAGUUUAAAGCAACAUUACUUGCCUUAAACAUUUGCCUUGUUGUUUCAUGCUCUCUGCCCUCACUGAGAGCACGUGCUAGCCUGAAGGGAAGGAGGACAUUACUUUUGCCCACUAGUGUCUUACCUCCCUUGAUGGUGUCCAGGCAACCAGGACACCACCCAGGCAACUCCGGACACAUUUUAGGGCGCAUCAUUAAAACUUGAAAACCUAGCCCUUUGGGUGGCCUCAGGGAAUUGUGGACUAGCAUACUAGAAGCAGUGGUGGCAAGUAGAGAGGGGCACAUUUGUUUCACACAUGCGCACAGUCUGUUUGCUCCAUGCUGCAUUUUUGGGGAAGGAAGGAAAGUCCUGCCCAGCAGCUGUGCCUCUUUCUUGCUUAGCUCUCUCUGGGUUGGGCCUCUGUUUAGCAGUUUGGCCAACCCAUUUCUUUCUCUACACACUCCCUCAGCCUUGCAGGUGGUGCCAGUCAGCUCUCAGAAACCAAAUGUAUACAGGGGUUUUUGUAACUAUUUAUAUACACAGGGAGCUGCCUGCCAGAGCCACCUAUUCUCCCUUUUCCCUUCCCCAAUGGCAUGGUACACUUCCCUUCCAAGUCAUGUCUUCACAUGCUGUGAAUAGGUGCUUUCGAAGUGCCAUGGGGUGGGAGACAACCAAAUGUUUCAACUGACAGCCAGCUUGCUUUUCUCCCUUUCCCUCCUGUAAGCAAUAUACUGCAAGUGACUUCAUGUGUAGCUGGUGUGUGGUGGGAGAGGUGCAGAGAUCCUUCAGGGCUCUUGUUUUUUGUGUGUGCAUGUGUUCAUUUAUGUAGUUCUGAUGCUGCCUCGCACUUUGAUCCGAGUUCUGGGUUGAGGGUUAUCUCAACCCAGGACUCAGAUCAAAGCAUGAAAGCUCCAAAGGACCAAAGCUUCAAAGACUUGAUGUCAGCUUGAGUGAGCAGGCAAUUCAUUGCUUUUUCUUUUUUUCAGUGUGUAGAUUGGCUAAUAGUUGACCUGCAAGUAUGAGUAUGUAUGUGCCUGGAAACGAGGCCUCAGCCGUGUGGACUAUUUGUGCUUGAGAGAUGUCAGCUUCUCUCACCUCUCCCUCAUUGUUUGUAUAAGCCCCUACCCUCUCUUUGCCCGAGUUGCUAAUGGCCCAUCUCUCCAUUGGCAAGGGUAUGUUGGGAACAGGUUGCCAACCUGGCAGAAGAGAGGGGUUCCCCUUUCUCCCCAUAUUGUUCAGUCUGCCCUUGUUUCAGCCACAGCCUUAAAUGAUUCAAGGUUAAUGAAUGCUGGAAAGAACAAAAGCCCUUUGUCACUCCUUCCUGGUUGAAUCUAUGCUCUCGGCUUCUAUCUUUGCCCUUUGUCAGCUGGGAAGAAAUGACACACACACCCAAAACAUACUGCGUGCAUCUAUCCUGGCCCUAUCUUCAGACAUAUAGUUAGCUCUUGGCAACUCCACUGCGCUGAACUUCACAUGACUGAAAACACCCCUGGCAAUGACACUCCUUUUUUUAUUCACGCAAGCAAACAAAUGGUGCUCUACACUUAUUCAGAAUUGCUUGUUCCUCAUCAGCCCCAAAUGCUGGGAUGAGAUGAGAUUGAGAUUACUAGUUCCCCCAUAAAAUACAUGGCAGAACCUGUGUGGGACUUGCUUCCUCUGAAGGAGGCUAGCAAAUGAGCAACCAGAAUACUUCCCCAGUUCGGUGAAAUAAAUAUGAAAGUGAUGUUUACUGGAUAGAUCUUGUCAAGUAAUGGGUGGAAGUUGGAAGGAGGAGAGGAAUUAGAUGCUUAAAUCCAUUCCAAGGAGGUACUUGCCCCAUUCCCACUGAGGGUAAGACCAAUGUAGCCUUCAAUAGCCAUAUUGAUGCCUGGGCCUAAAUUGCCAAUGUUGGGAUUGUGCCUUGAUCAAACCCAGCUGGCGAUGAGGGUCAAAUGCCAACCAAGAAGUGGUUCUAGCACUUAAUCGGGCUGUGCCUUUUAGGGGCUCCCUGACUACAUCAUCCAUGGAUGCCACCACGCAAAAAGACAUUUGCUGUUCUUCUAGAAUUCAGUUGUGUUUUGGAGUUCCUGUUUCAUAUGGGGAAUGGUAGCUUGUGCUUUUGAAUUAGGGCCCUGAACGCUCCCUUUUUCUCCCCACCUCAACAAAGUGUAAAAAAAACAAAACAUCCAUUGCCUUUGUCACAUGUCCUCACUUGCUGUUGUUUGGUUUUUGUUUUAAUUUUGUUUUAAUUGAGGAAAAAAAUCCCAAAACUUGAAGCCGGCCUUAUUGCCGUUUCGAUCUCUUUCUAUUUUUGAAAUCUUUGUAUUAACUGCAAUUAAAUAAAUUUUUUAAAAGAGA